AUGGCGGCGGUGAUGAUGGUAGGGAUAGACGAGAGCGAGCACAGCAUGUACGCGCUUGAGUGGACAUUGGAUCGUUUCUUCCUCUCGGAUGAGAAUGAGAAUCCUCCCUUCAAGCUUCACAUCCUCCACGCCAGACCUCAUGCCAUAUCUGCUCUCUGCGUCUCCGGGCCGGGAGCUGCACAAGCAUUACCUUUUGUAGACUCGGAUUUGAAGAAAAUGUCGGCCAGAACUGUUGAAAAGGCUAAGCAUAUUUGUAGUACCAAAUCGGUGAAGGAUGUAACAUUCGAAGUGGCUGAAGGAGACCCGAGACAAGUUCUAUGUGAUGCUGUCGACAAACAUGCUGCCUCUAUUCUUGUUAUCGGUAGCCAUGGCUACGGAGCUAUUAAAAGGGCGGUUCUGGGGAGUGUGAGCGACUAUUGUUCUCAUCAUGCUCAUUGCACCGUCAUGAUUGUCAAGAAACCCAAGACCCAAAUCACUAAUUAA